AUCGUGGCGUUGGUCUCGGCUAGCCAGUAGGUGUGUGCAGUGGAUCGCGUGCCGCCGCCAACACACACUCGCUCGCCCCUCGCCUUGACUCUCUUCCCGCCCGUGAGCGUCUCCUUCAGGCUUCCCACACUUUAUUCCCAGGUGUUGAAACAUCGCGGUGAAACUGGAAAAAAAACGUGACAAAAAUGAAAAACAGUGAAUUAUAAUUGUGCAAAAACCUUAAGAAAAGAAAAAAAAAAAAAAAACUGUGAUCACAUAGAAGACCAGAAAAAAAAAGAAUAAAAACACUCGUCUCAUCUCGUCGUCAUCGCCUUCGUCAGGAGGACACCACGUCGAGUAGUGGUGUGACGGAGGGUGUGCCGGUGCUCGUGUUGCCUCCGAGGACACCGUUGAGAGGAUCUUAAGGACACCACGUACAGUGACAUGGGGGAAGCUGAGAUGGGGGCCCUGGUGAACUCCACGCCUUCCAGCAUUCUCGCUCUUACGCCCACGGAAAGUCAUCUCUCCACAUUCCUCAUGCCCACAGCCACCCAUGAUCACGGCAUUAACGGCAGCCUCCUCAGCGCUGGCGGCAAUGACAGCUUGGUGGAGGAGGUGGAGGGGGAGGGCGACCAGCUGGUGCACGGGAUGACGAUGACAGUGAUGAUGACGGUGAUUUACUUCCUCAUCACCGUGACGGGCGUGUUGGGGAACGUGGCCACCUGCAUCGUGAUAGUGAGGAACCGCAUCAUGCACACGGCCACCAACUACUACCUGUUCAGCCUGGCCAUCAGCGACCUUCUCCUCCUGGCCUUCGGUAUGCCGGAUGAGAUUUACAUGUUGUGGCGAGGCAGACCGUACAUCUUCGGCGCCUACUUCUGCUUCGUGCGGGGCUUCACGGCGGAGAUCUCCACUAACGCCUCCAUCCUCACCAUCGCCGCCUUCACCGUGGAGCGCUACAUCGGCAUCUGUCACCCGCUGCGCUCACAGACCAUGUCACAGCUGGGCCGGGUGGUGCGCUCUAUUGCCGUCAUCUGGGGAGUGGCCAUUGCCUGCGCCGUGCCCAUCGCCAUCCAGUACGGCAUUGUGUACGAGAAUCACCUUCCUUCAGGAGAGGAGGACCCUAAUUCAUCAGCAUGCCUCAUCAAGAACCCUAUUUAUUUGGCCUUCGAGAUCUCCACCGUGCUGUUCUUCGUGGCGCCACUGCUGCUCAUCACCGUGCUGUACCUGUGCAUCGCCGUGCAGCUCAAGAGGUCGACCCGCCUGGCCCGCGCUGUGCCCUCCAUCACCAGCCCCAACAGCUCCUGCACCAAUGACGGCUCCAGGAACAAGGCGGUCAUCAAGAUGCUGGUGGCCGUGGUGAUCGCUUUCUUCCUGUGCUUCGCCCCGCAUCAGACGCAGCGCUUGGUGGCUCUGCACGGGGACGCCUCCAAUCUGGCAGUGGUGAAGCUGUUCAACAUUCUGCACAACAUCUCUGGCAUCUCCUAUUACAUCUCCACCUGCGUCAACCCAAUUCUCUACCACAUCAUGAGCAACCGAUUCAGAAAGGCCCUGAAGGUGACGCUGGGGAGCUGUUUGGAGGGCGAGAAGGCCUGCGUUGGAGGAGGAGGUAGGUGCCGCUCUAGCUCCCGCUUCCACCCCUCGCACCCCACCCACUCCCUUGAGCCAGUUACAGACCACUCCCUCGUCUUCGACUCCACAACCACCACCGUCGCCACCACAGCCUUCACCUCCUCCAGCUCUUCCGCCGUCGCUGUCGCCGUCACGCCACAGAGGAAGAGUCGGAGCGGCACGAGUGACCACCAGCACCAGCAUCGCCGCCUCCUGCAGACACUCUUGGCCGUCAGGAAGGGAAGGUAUACCAUGGCACGAAGACACAGCCUCAAGUCAGGCUCUCCCUCACCGGCCCGCGCCGCGCCCUCCAGCAGCCUCAAAAUCCGAGGGCCAGACGGCGUGGAGACUCCUGAGGAUCUCUUCGUCUCCCGCUGUGCUCCCAAUGAGAGAAAGAGGAGCCAGUCAGGGAGCGUCAUGAGCGCCGGGUCCAUCAGUGACUGCUCCCUCACCCACGUGGAGCAGGAAUUCACGCAGAAGGAGCUGCAGGAGGUGAUGAGCAGGAUGAAGAACAUGGAGGUGUAGGCCGCUGCUGGAGGUUGGGGAGAGUGAAGGCAGGUGGAGAUUGGGGACAGGAUAGCUGGAAUUUGGUGUGUGCAGUAGUGUGGGAAGUGUAGGUGAGUGCUGGAGGGUGUAGAAGGGUGCUGGUUGAUGGUACAGUGAUUGGUGUUAAAGUGGUGAUGACAGGUGAAAAAUAUGGUGGCGGUUUGUGUUGAGGUGAUGGUGUCUUAGUGAUUCCCAGCGGUGUGGCUAGUGCAGGUGAGGUGUAUCAGGGAGAGAAGCAGAGGGGAAUGGGUGAACAGAAAGUGUGUAUGAAGGAAGGAGAAAGAGGAAGAGAAAAAGGAUCAGGUCUUGAACUUUCCCUUCUCCUCCUCCUUCUUCUCCUGUUCCUCUUCCACCUUUUCCUCCUCCUCCUCCUCCAGCAGCACCGGAAGACGAGCGAGAAGUCAUUACAAAACUCGGCUCAUCCCUCGUGCCGCCCUUCCAAGACUUGUUAUCUCACCUCGCACAGUACAUAGCGUCCUCUGCUCCCUCAACGCCGCUGCCAAGACUCAAGACAAUCGAAUCCCUUAAACCUGCAGAAGACGCUGAAGGAGGCACCGUAGUGAUCAGAUAUAGUCAGCAAAUCUUCAACGCCUUCUGCAGUGCGUCCCUUCCUCUCUCUGAAUAUUCGUUCGUGAGUUUUUUUUUUUUUUUUCGUUAUUGGUAAGGUGAAGGAACCGUCGCCAUCACCACCACCACCACCACCACCACCACCACCACCACCACCACCACCAGCACCAUCAUUACCACUAUCGUCGAUACUACAGGAAUAACCAUUACCGGCUUAAUGUUACUUCUGCCACCACCAUUACCACCAGCAUCUUUAUCCUUCUUAGGCCUAUUUUUUUUUUCUCUAUUUUUUUAGUGGAAUUACUGUUUGAGUCUAUUUAUAUUUCGUUUGUCAUUAAUAUUGAGAAAAACAAUAUCAGUUAGCGGUGAGAUUGUUUUUUUUGU